UGAUGGGUCCGGGGGGGAUAUUCAGACGUUUCCUUCUGACAAUAGUGACGUCAUCAUUUUGUCUGUUCACAUUAUACGGACUGUUUUUCUGGGAUAUUCUUCCGUCGAGGCAGGUGAAAGUGAUAGAUAACAGCAUCAAUUGCAGCAAGAUAUUCGAAGGUGACAAAGACGCAAUAGCAAGAGGGAAACGUGUAACGCAAAAUAAUGACAUCAAGCAAUAUUAUCCACUUCUCAACACAAACUGCACAGAAUUCCUGUCCAAGAGAUUGUAUAUACAAGAGGUUUCAAAGGCCGAGGAGGAAUUCCCCAUAGCAUUUACAGUUCUUUUGUAUAAAAGCUUCGAACAGUUUGAACGCCUACUACGCUCGAUCUACCGUCCACACAACGUGUAUUGUAUUCACGUUGACGCCAAGUCGUCGUCGGAGGUCCGAAACUCAGUGACCUCACUUACAACGUGUCUUCCCAACGUCUUCCUGUCGUCCCGGUCGGUGGUGGUAAAGUGGGGAAGUUUCACCGUGCUGGAACCAGAACUGGUGUGUAUGCAGGAUCUGCUAAAACACAAGUGGCGUUAUCUGAUUAAUCUCACAGGACAGGAGUUUCCCCUCAAGACCAACAUGGAGCUCGUCCAGAUUCUCAAAGCGUACGAUGGCGCCAAUGACAUUGAAGGAACCGUAGAAAGGUGA